AUGCCUAGACACGAUUUCGACUACACAGUUAAGUUUUUUCAUCCACCACAACGGUCAGUUGCUUACAAAGAUGCAUUGUUAGACAUAAAAACAAAACGUAUUAUUGCACAAGAUCGUACGGUCAUUGAACAAGAACGAACAGUUGCUCUUGAACGUAGACGAUCAUAUGUUAAUAUUCAAUUGCUAAAUCACGAGCAAAAACAAACUGAGAAAAAAUUAGCUAGUAUCGCAAACGCCAGUCCCUCAUUAAAAGAUGAAUUUAUACAUAGAAAAUCAAUCAGCCAUUGCGCUAGAAGUAAAGAAGUCUCGACACGAAAACCAAAUGAUAGUCGACGUUCAAGUUCAUGGAAUACAACAAAUGAAAGAAGUGAACUUAAGCAAUCGGUUAUUUAUAAAUCUCUUAGUUCGAGUAAUACGAUGAGUAAUCUUAGUAUUCCACUUGAAAAUGAGCAAAGUCAUAACUCAAAUUAUUUGUCUGUUGAUCGUCGAUAUUCCGGUACAUCAGAGAGUGAUGCCUGCGAGCAAACGGAUUCUGAUGACAAUGAUGGAGAAAUUAAUUAUAGUGACGAUAAUAAUAAAGUGGGAAUUGUCGAUUAUACCAAGAUUGAUUUAUUUCGAGAGUUAACAAGGAAAAAGCGAACAAAGAAAAAGAAACCGCUGCCGUUAGGCACAAUUAUACCAGAUAUAACGAUAAUACCGGUUGAUGAAGCAGUUAUAAAUGAAGACGAAUAA